AGAAGCAGUGUAUUCUGUCAUUGGGGUUUCAGCUCACUUAGCGUAAACAUCAAUCGUAACAGGAGCAGUAACACUUGCAGCAGUAGCAGUAGCAUAUUUGCUCCAGUAUUUUCAAUCGCAUUAAAAAUGUCGGUUACAGAGAUAAUAUUUUCAAUAAAGGCAGCAGUGUUAUUUAUUUUUAUUGGCAGUGUUCUGUUCGUUGACAAAGGAUGUGCAGGACCUUCGCGAGUACUUUUGGUUGACAACAAAUACAUCAACGUAGUCGUCGGAAUUAAUGAACGCGUUAAAGAAGAUCACAACUUAAUAGAGAAGUUGAAAGAGCGGAUGACCGAAGCAUCAGCAUUCCUCUACUCAGCCACUAACCAAAGAGCAUAUUUCAAAGACAUUCAUAUUCUGGUUCCUGAAACAUGGCAACGACGUCCACACUACAGCAAAGCAGAGUGGGAACUGUAUGACAACAGUGAUGUCAUCAUUGACUUACCGAGUGACGAUUUCGGUAGCAGACCAUACACAAGCAAGGCUACUCAGUGUGGGGAGUUGGGCAACUACAUUCACCUCACCCCACGGUUCGUACUCGACCAGUCCCUCCAGAGACAUUAUGGACAUUUUGACAAAGCAUUCGUACACGAGUGGGCGCAUUACCGAUGGGGCGUAUUCGAUGAGUAUGCAGAGGAUGAUAUGCCACAGUUUUACAUCAAUUCGGAUGGCCAGGCAGAGGCUGUUCGGUGUGUUCUCAAUAUUCCAGGUUCACUAAGAAACCCACACACAAGUGGACCAUGUGAGUACGGAUCAGAUGGUCUCCCAUUAAAAGACUGCAGGUUUUUCGACAACCGCGAAUCUAACGACUUCGCUGGAUCUAUCAUGUACAAACAGUACCUUCCAAAGGUGACAACUUUUUGUGACAACGAUCACUCAGGUGGCUGGAAGGGUAAUUUGCAUAAUCGUCAAGCGCCCAAUAAACAUAACCAGCAGUGUGGAGGAAAGAGUAUCUGGGAGGUAAUGAAAGAACAUUUUGAUUUUGCAAAUGGUUUAAAUCCUUCGCUUGAUAUAACUGGACUGCCGGAAAAUCCAACCUUUAAAAUUAUCCAUCAACAAACUAAACGAACAGUUAUAGUAUUGGAUGUAUCGGCGAGCAUGAAAGGUGAACCCCUGAUUCAACUUAGACAGGCUGCAAGCAAUUUGAUAUCUAGUACAGCAGAAGAUGGCGAACAGAUUGGAAUUGUAACUUUCAGUCGUGAAGCAACUAUAAAAUCCCGAUUGGUGACAAUCAACCAGCAAACAAGAAAGUCACUUGUCACUAAACUACCAACAGACGCGUCCGGUGGUACGUCGGUUGGUGCAGGUAUUCUACGCGCGUUUGAUGUUCUAGGCAUAAGCCUUAAUGAGGAUUCGAAAGAUACUGGAAAUUUACUUGUGAUCUCUGAUGGUGCCGAGAAUAUUCGUCCACUCAUCGAGGACCUCCAGGACAAGAUAGCUACCAAGAAUAUCCACAUCAACACCGUUGCUAUUGGGCCGACAGCUUCACCGAACUUAGAGGUACUCGCGAACCUCACUAAUGGCAUGACGUUUUAUCACACAACAGGGACCAAUACUCUGAACGAAGCAUUUGGCACAAGCUUCAACAAAAACAAAGCCAUUCAAAACAGACCCAUCUAUUUAUUCAGUGACGUAAUCACAGUAUUUGGAGGUGAUACAGUUGUUCGCGAAGUACAAGUCGAUAGAACCAUUAACAGGAAUGCUGAAUUCAUCUUUGGAUUUGAUCCUUACUCGCAAUUAUCAAUUGUCGUCAUCCAACCAGAUGGCACUGAGGUUACGGAUACUCCCGACAGUGUGUUCGGAGUUCUUCGUGUCAAAGUCCCCAGCCCCGUUCAGACUGGGAACUGGAGGUUUAGGAUCCGUAACUAUGGCCAACAAGUGAGCAAAAUAACUGUUACGAUCCAGUCGUUUUCUAGUACCAGUGAGGAACCAAUCAUCGCCACAGCCUCAUGGAGCAGGAUGGCGGUAACUCCCCCGGAACGACAGGUGCUGUACGUGUACGUCUCUAAAGGAUAUACACCAAUCAUAAACGCCGAAGUGAUUGCCGAGGUUGAAAUCGCCGGCAACACAACUGACGCUCCGGUUCUAUCGGAUGACGGCACGGGGGCCGAUGUCAACAGAAAUGACGGCAUUUAUUCAGGCUACUUUACAAACUUUGUCGCCGAAGGCAGAUACAAUGUUAAGGUGAAAAUUACAAAUAAGGCAGGUGUAACGUUGAUAGCUCAUGGUAAAACGCUGGGCUCAGCAAAGUCUGCACUUCCCGAUCCCUUAUACGAAGAAAACGCCGAGAGCACACAGACGCGACGAAGUGAAGAAGAGACCGGUCCAUUUCAGAGGGUGGCUAAUGGAGGUAGUUUCACCUGUACUGGAGCAUGCACCAGCGAUGAGGACCACUAUCCACCUGCCCGAGUAACUGACCUACGGGUGAGUCUGCUGAGCUACAGUAAGAAGGAGGUGGAACUGAAGUUCAAGGCACCUGGGGAUGAUCUCAUGAAUGGACGAGCUAAAGAGUAUCGUAUAUACUACUCCACAAAUUUCAACAACCUGUACGACAAUAUUGACGUAAUCGCUAUCACGCCAGACCUGGUCAAAGAAGGCAGUCUAUCAUCACCGAACGAAGCUGGACAGGAGGAAGUAUUCACUAUCAUUGUACCACAAGUUGGGGAUUUUGCAUACACAUUUACGGUCCUGGCAGUUGAUGAUGUAGGUAACAAGAGUCCGAGAUCGAACUUCGUCACCAUUUCAGCCAACGACCACAGUGGAAAGGUUAAGGGAUGGGUUAUAUGCACCGUCUUGUUUUCAAUCGCUGCUGUUAUUCUAUUCGGACUUAUAGUAUUCGUACUCGUGUAUCGCCGAAAAAUUCGCAAUUCUCAGCCUGAAAAACCAGUACCGAAAAAUAUUACUGUCUCUGAAAUGGAAAAAGCGAACAGUUUGCGGACUAACUCAAUGACGAGACUGGAUCCAUCGCUGACAUCACCCAAGAAGAAACGGGCACCAAACCCUCCUAUCGGACACAUGUCAUGUUUCGAGCCGGGUCAACUUAAUUUGAAAGGAAUGAAAGUCAGGAAACACGACAUGAGAGCAAGUGUACCUGCAAGACACUUGCAUAUAGAACGCGCACCAAAGUACGAGAACACUGAUUUCAAAACGUACGAGAACGCCAUGUUAGAUAACAAUAUACCACGUGGCCACGUAAGAAGUACAGCUUUUCUUAUAGAGAAAACAAACACAAUUGUACAUAAAGUAUGAAAACAGUCUCAGCCAACAUGUUUUGUAUACCGUACAAUGGAUUGGUCUUGUUUGUGGUGAAACAACUUCAAGUGUUACGUCACUUGAAUUGACUCUACAGUGUGCAGUUCACAUUGUAGUGGGAGCAGAUGAUGCUGUGUUACUUCAAGAACGACGUGUCUGAGAGUUUCUUAAAGUAACGUGCGUUGAGCAACAAUUUUUGAGGUAAUAGUUAAGCGAUCGUAGAUUGUAGGCAAUCCAUGCACUGUAAUAUAAUAAUUAUUGUACAACACUUAAGGCUAAAACAUCAUAUCAAGUUUUUACAAAAAGUAGUAUCUACUUAUUUAAUGAGGUUUUAUUUUCAUAUAAUGUAUAUUUUGGGGUUUGUUGUUUUCAUUGCUACAGAAAAUAUAUAUUCAAAAUAUCCUUAGCUAAUUUACAAACACAAAUAGAAAAAAGACCAUGUUUCUCGUCCAGGAUAGAGAGGUGGAGUGUAAAAUGAGAAGGAAGAUGCACACCCACUUGUUCAUUAUUUUCACAACAGGCCUACGACCAGAACACAAUAUCUUAAACCCUGUCCACACUGUCAAUGUGGGCGUGAUAUGACAUCAUCAUGCCGUUAUGGGUAAUUUGUCACAUAAAGCAUAGUGUGGACAGACUUUAAGACAGCCAAGAAUUCUCGUUAUAAAGAUGACUGAUCAUGCAUUUCUACAGGACACUAUGGGUGGUAUUGCCCCAUGAAAGUAGAAAUACAGGAGAAGACAAAAAAGUGCUAAAGGGACGAGUAACAUUUUUUUUACGGUCAUAGUCUCGUGUUGUUUUUCAUUAAUUUGCAAAAAAAAACUAUAAAAAAAAAAAAAAAAAAACAAAAAAAAAAAAAAAAAGAAAAGGUUAAAAAAAAAAAAAAAAAAAAAGUAAAGGUUAAACGUGCUAUUUAUUUGAUAAUUAAAUCUUAAAACACACCCACACCCUUGGAUGUCACAUCGGAGAGGUUGAGGGCCGUAAGAUUCUUAUUUGACUUGUUACUGUUUAAAUACAAUAGUUGAACAACUUCUGUAGCUACAUUAUGCAUAACGUAUGAAUCAUUAUCUAUGAGUGGUAAAACUCGCUCGUUUUUCAUUCCAUUCCUAAGUUUUUCAAAUGAUAAAGUAUAUUUAUAUAAAUGCAAUUUUUGCCCGUUUUAUUUGCAGCCCACGAAAACCCUCUCCCUCGAAUCAACCACCGAAAGUACAGCAUAAUUACAGAUUAAUUUGUGGUUACUGUACGAGAAUAGAAUAUAAAACUGUUUACUUGAAACGCCUGAUAACACUUGAUAUAGAUGUCGCCUUAAAGAACAGAGGCGACUGACAUUUGCUAUUAUUAACUUAAUUAUGAAAGGCUGUAUAUUUAUGUCGUACCUUGUUAAAGCAAAUUUUCGUGAAGAAUAUUAUUUAAAAAAAAUCAAACCAUGAAGAUAUCAUACUUGUUUGUGUUUAAAAUAAUUAUGCCUAUAUUAUUGAAAUAUAUAUACGUGCAAGUUUUGUCAAUAUUAAUCUUCUAUUAAUAUCCAAAAGAAAAUUAUACUUACUCAUGACGUUGUACACUUUAUGGGCGUGGUUAAUAGAACGUUCGCUAAGCCCUGUCCCUUGGAUAUUGCUCAAGGUCCCACAAAAUGACACCGUAAACCUACAAAGUGGGACAUGUGCGUAUUCCCGGCCUUGUUCUGAUUGGUCAGUUGUUAAUUUGACAUUCCGGAAAGGUCUACUGUAUGCGUUAACAAGUCAGGAUGUUAACACAGCGCAAACAUGAAGCGACGAGCACGUGCAUGAUGAUGAGUUAUAACCUCUUUUACCCAUGCAGUAUUUAUCACUUUCUUUCAACGGCAUUUCGAGGUGCCAACUAAAAAUUUGUAUUAUAUGUAUAUUUUGUACAGCUUUGUCAAAUCUUUUGCUUGGAAUAUAAAUAUAAUAUUAUGACGUUAUUUAAUAAAGUUGGUGUUACAUGUA